AUGCCUCACUUUGCAAACUCUCUUUUAAGAAACAUCAUUAUCAGAAGUCAAUUUGAUAGCAUCAAGAAAAAGCAAUGCCUUCAACAUCUGAAGACUCUAAGAAUGCUGCAUUACAAUGGAUUUAAGACUGUAUAUUUUGGGGAAACCAAUAUCCAAGAAAAUCUUGUAACUGGAGAAGAUUUUAGUGAUGGAUAUUUCAUGCAAAAUCCAAAUUGGUGUGUUGUACAUGCUGGUGGUAGUCAAGGAUGGGUGCCUUGGAAAUAUCGGAUGUUCCUAAGAGAUGAGCUGUGUAUCAGACAAGAAGACAACCUGUUCCUUGAGUUCUGUGAUGUGGUGAGAAAGGCCUAUGGGAAGUGUGCCAUCGUGGUCAAAGAAAAAAAGCAGCAAGAGGAACUGAGGCCAAAGGAAGACAAAGAGGCUGAGGCCCAGUCCUAUGUCUCAACAGUCAUUAAGUUAACAAGCAUCACAUGUUGCCCAGAAGUGGCCAAGUCCUAUGGCCAUGAACUACUCUCUCUGCCUUCCCCUUAUAAUUACCUGAACCCUUUAGACUCAGCCUGGUCUUCUCUGAAAUGGUUUAUCAUCAAUAACAGAAAAGAGUUUUGUUUGCAGUCCAUUGACAGUGUCUAUUCUUACCAGUAUAUACUUCUCAGCGAUUUAAUUAGCAAAGGGAUUGAAAGGAUAAACCCCAGCAAGUGGAAAACAAUAACUAACAAAGUAAGGAGAUGGGAAAACUACUAUCUUGGGAAAUUUUCUUAAGGGUAAUUCCCCCAACAAGUAGUGAGACUCUGCUAUGUGCAUGGUCUUUACCAACAACUUGGUGGAGCUGGAGUCCAACACCCUGCCCCCAAGGUACUUCCCCAGAGACCUCACAGUGAUGCUGCAAGGACUGAGGGCUUCCUAAGGAUGCUGGAAAAGUGCUUUGAGUUUAUGGAGGUUUCAUUAAAGCUUCUGGUAAAUUA